AUGGAAGGCGAAACACCAAGACCGAUGAAAAAACUUCAUCGUAAUAUAUUUCACAAAGUUGGGAAGAAGUUAGAAAAAUUUGAACAAAGUCUAAGUGUUUCAAGUUCACAUUUACAACAUGGUGCUGGAUCAUCAAGUGAUUUAUCCUCAAAUUAUCAUCAUACCAUUUCAGAAAAUUCCGAAGAACAAGAUGAUAAUAUAUCGUUACAAUACACUCCACAAUCUCAUUCGGAUUCUCCAAAAGCAGUAUUACGUCAUAACAAGGCUGAUCGAACAUAUUAUCCUCAGGAGUCUGUUUCGUCAGAAAAUUCACGUUCUAGUAGUCAGUGGCAUAUGAAUCUGGAAGAGAACGCUGAUGUAUUUGUUAAAAAUUCAAGUUCAAAAUAUGAUGCAGAAAUGAAAACACUUUGUAAAAAUUUAAUGGAAAACCAAAAUGUUAAUUUAAAUGAAUGUCGAGAAUAUGAGAAGAAGAUAUCAUUAUUACACAUUGCUGUUUCAUUCAACACACCAAAAGUCACUGUUCCGGUAAUACUAUAUCUUGAAAAUACUUUAUCAAAACCUUUAUUUUACGAAUUAAUCAAACAAUAUCCAUCAGCUAUAAACAAUUAUAUCAAUAUAGCAAAAUUACGACUUGAAAAUGAUUAUUAUAUAGCAUUACUAAAACAAUUCAAUAAACAUGAAGAUAUCGCUAUGAUACGUCUUCGACAAGCACGUGAAACCAAUAAUUAUGAUACUAAACUAACUUUAUUAAAUCACGCAGCUAUUGAUCUAAGUUCACAUCCUUGGUGGCAUUCACAAAUUCGUGAAUAUCACCAUUUACUUACUAAACAACGAGAAUUACAAAAUUCACUUUCAACUGCGCUAUCAACUAUUAAUCUAGAAAAUCGAACUGUACUUGAAACGUAUAAAACAAUAUUUGAUAUAGAUUUUCGACGACAAAAAUAUAAUCGACUUACCGAGAAAAUAACAGCUGAACGAAGUAAAGAAUUCGAAACAGGUUUUCAUCUUUCUCCGGAAAUGGUUAUGUGCGCAAGAUUAUCCGCAAUAAUGCAUUGUGGUUUACGAAUGCAUUAUGACGAUUUUACUCAUCAAGCAAUGCAUCAGAAUUUUUUCGGUAAAAAAUAUGUCAUAGCGCCAGAAAAUUUUGCUGAUAUGGUUUAUAAUUGGGUACGAGCGAGUGGCGAAGGACAAGACAAAGCAAGUGAAAAAGCUGGGCGAUUUCUUAAUAUGAUUCAAAAUCCAUUACGAAGAAUUUAUUAUGCUGAAAAAUUUUUAAAUUAUGAUGUUGCAAUGGAUACGAUCGCAAAUGUUCUUCGUGAUCGAGUACAAUUAGAACAAUUACGUCGACGUAUACCGCAAGAUCAUCCAUCAUUUCAUCGUGCUACAGCAUUAUUAGAAAAUACAAAAUGGAAAAAUUAA